AUGUCCAGCCACCGUGAUUAUUAUCUGGAACAUUUCACCAACCCCCGGGCCGAUCUGGUAGACGAGUUGAUCGCACGAGUCCACGACUACCAUAUUAUUCGAGUGAUCGGCCCUCCAGCUUCCGGGAAGACAACUCUGAUGAAGCUUAUGGUCAAUAAAUUGCUUGAAAUGAAUGGCCCAACAAAAUCUAUCCAUGUUCUUACGGGCUGGGACAAGCAAGAGGUUUGCGGCGCACCUGGCUGGGCCCGUUAUUUGGGGCAGAAAACAGGUGUUCAUGGGGAAGAGUGGCUCUCGAAUCCUGCCUAUCUACUUCUAGAUGAGGCACAACAGACAUACUGGGAUAGUGGACUUUGGGCAAGUUUCUUCAAAAGUGCUGGGCCUGGGUGGUCCGUCUUUAUUGUCCUGUUCAUGUCAUACGGCUCACCAGGUGAAGGGCUUGAGGGCUUUGAAAGCGAGUUGUAUUCAUCAGUUCCUAUGCACUUCGGCCCUGAUCAGGAAAUCUUUCUGCGGCUAGAGAAGAGUAUUAGCGAUCUUUAUCUAGCUCAGAAACCAGUUGGCCUGCUGCUUGAUUAG